AUGGUUAAGGUUGAAGAGGCUGGUGGAAAGUGUCUUCCCUGUGCAGUGGACAUUCGUGAUGAAGGUGCUGUAACCGAGGCAGUGCAAAAGGCUGUGAAGACAUUUGGUGGGAUCGAUAUACUCGUUAACAAUGCUAGUGCCAUAAGCUUAACAGGAACACUAGAAACACCAAUGAAAAGAUAUGACCUCAUGAAUAGUAUCAAUGCUCGAGGCACAUAUUUGUGCUCUCAAGCCUGUAUUCCAUAUCUGAAGAAUGGAAAGAACUCGCACAUCUUAAACAUUAGUCCACCUUUAAGCAUGAAACCCCUUUGGUUCAAGAGCCAUGUAGCAUACACUAUGGCCAAAUAUGGAAUGUCCAUGUGUGUCCUUGGUAUGGCAGAAGAAUUCAAGGAUGAUGGAAUUGCAGUUAAUGCCCUGUGGCCCAAAACAGCUAUUGCUACAGCUGCGAUGGAGAUGCUUGGAGGAAAAGAAGCUCUGGCUUCCAGCCGUACAGAUCAAAUCAUGGCUGAUGCUGCGUAUGUUGUAAUGACACGGGACAGUCGGGCCAGGACAGGGGAAUUUCUUAUUGAUGAGGAUGUCCUCAAGGAAGUAGGAGUGACUGACUUUGAGCAGUAUUCUUGUGUCCCAGGAAGCAAACUCAUACCAGACUUUUUCUUGGACGUCGAGGACUCGUCUGCUCAAGAGAUGAUCGGCGCACACAAGAAGAGCACGGAGAGUGCCGCUCAAGGGAGUCAGGCAGAGGGAGUUGCAGGAUUGUUCGACACGAUCAAAAGCCUUUGUAAUGAAGAACUCGUUAAGAGCGUCAAUGGAGUUUUCGAAUUUCAUUUGGAAGGGAAAGAGCCUGGAGUGUGGUAUCUUGAUCUCAAGAACAAUUCAGGAAGCAGCGGCAGUGGUUCUUAUCCGGGGGGUGGAGCUAGCUGUACCAUGACUUUGGACUCAGAUGAUUUUGUGGCGUUGUUCAAGGGUCAGUUGAAUCCAACUCAGGCAUUCAUGGCAGGAAAACUCAAGAUUAAAGGCGACAUGAUGGUGGCUAUGAAACUGGAGAAGCUCAUGGGACAGAUGAAAUCCAAACUAUAACCAACACGAGAAUGCGUGACUCCUCUCUUGUGACCUUAAGUGUCACGCAAAGUCGGAAAUCGUGAUUGCAAAAUAUUGGAAGAACUUCAGAAGAUUCUUCUUUAGGUAUAUAUAUUUUUAAGAUGAACAUACUUUCGUCUGUCGUUUAUAUUCUUUCAAAGGUGAUCUGCUAAAGUGUAAGAAUUUAAUUCAUCGCCGUGCAUUGCACAUCACUUUUCGCGUCAGUUUAUGAGAUGGUAUAGGGAAGAUAGAACUUGGUCAUUGAAAUUUUUUUGAACACAAAGAGGACGCUGAACUUGACAUGUAACGUUAGGAAACGUUAUUGUGAAAUUGGGACUUCAUUUCUAUGAAGACAAGUUAUUAAAGCUCUACUGAAAAUGGUAAUGGAAAAUUGCUGAUUAAUUACGGCU